GUUAUAGAUGAUGUCUCUUGUCAUGAUUGUGCUGCAUCACAAGGUGGCUGCAAACAUGCCUUAUGUUUCCUGAUGUGGCUUGUGAAGCGGACUGAAGAACCUUCCCCAACGUCUACGGAGUGCUACUGGAAAAGACCCAAGUUGAGUGAAGCGAUAACUAAAGAUAAGUUUAUAGCAAUUUCAGAUAUUGGCAAAAAAAGAUCCCAUUCAAGCAUCUCAUCAUGUGAUGUUCCUACAUUAGAAGAUUUUUUAGAAGAAGCAAAAAAGCAUAAAAUAGGAGACAGUAUGUUACUCAAUUACCAAAUAAAAAAACCAAUCUUAAAUGAUUUUUGUAUAUUUGACAUGAUGCUCGACUUUGUAUCAAACAUCCCAGCAAACAUUUUAAAAAUAGAAGACAGUACUAAGUCUCAAGUUGAUAGCAAACUUUGGCACUCCUUAAGGCAAUCACGGAUUACAGCCUCGAAAAUUUAUGAAGUAUCUAGAUAUUCUAGAUGCACCACAAAGUCGGGGUCAUUGGUACAAGGUAUUUUAGGACAAUACAAAGUGCCUGAAACAAAAGCUAUAAAAAGGGGGAAAAGACUGGAAGGCGAAGUAAUCAAAAAACUUGAAACCGAAUUAGAAAAGCAAAUUUAUUCAGCGGGAUUCACCUUAAUAACGCCCAUAAUAGGAGCUUCACCAGAUGGUGUUACUUCAGACUUUGUGAUAGAAGUAAAAUGCCCAACCACAAGAAAAACCAUGCUGAAUUAUGUCAAGAACAACACGGUUUGUAAGAAAUUCCAAGCACAAGUACAAUUGCAGGUGUGUGCUAUCAAAAAGACUAGAGGCUUGUUCUGUGUGGCUGAUCCGCAGUUCGAAACUAACCACAAAAUAUAUAAAUAUUGGAUAAAAUAUGACAAAGUUUACACAGAUGAACUGCUUUUAUCAGCAGAAAAGUUUUGGAAAGAGAACAUUUUUGUAACCAUUUUGCAAAGUGUAAAAUAACUUCAGCCAUGUAACAUGCCCGAUAAAACUCAUUUAAUUUUUAUUGUAGUAUUAUUUCAAUGCUGUAUAGAUGAUCAUUUGAAGGGAUGUUUACAAAAACAACUGACUACACUGGCUGACACCUUGAACGAUUAACAAUGCUCCUUUUUAAGUGUCAACCGCUCUAAGCAGCUAUGUUGUUUUUAACCGACUUCAAAAAAAGGAGGUUCUCAGUUUGACCUGUAUGUAUCAGUUUGGCCGCGAUUCUCUCGCGUUUGGCUGAUCCGAUUUUGAUGCGGUUUUCAGAAGAAUUAUAACAAAUCGGUUUGCCAGUUUUGAAAUUGAAGCAAGAUUGUCCAACACGUUGGAACUCUUGUUACGACAUGCUGGAUAGAAUUUUAAAGAUAAAAGAAGCUGUCCAGAGUGCAUUGGGUAUUCUAAGCAAAACUGACUUGCUUCUUGACUCUCGAGAAUGGAUCAUCGUCGAUAAAGCUGUGCCCAUCUUGAAACCGUUCUACGAAAUAAGUGCGGAGAAAAAUGUCACUCUGUCGAAACUUCUCGUAUUCGUACAAACACAUGGUUGCUUG